UUUUAAGAUGCAAGCCUUAAGAAUUUCAAUUAAAGAAUAUUUUACUAGAUUGGCUUAUGAUUAUUCCGGUUCAGUAAAGGAUUUGGCUUUGGAUGUUAGAGAAAAGCCUUUCAAAUCAAUAGCGUCCGUUUCUCUCAUUUUCGGCCUAAUUUUUGCUUACCAUAAAAAUCCUGGAGAGAGGGAAUUGAGAAAUAAAUUGGCUGAUUUACGACAAAAGAUGGUACUUAUUCCUGUAACAAUUCACAGCAGAAAAGCUGAUAAUUGCUUGGAAAAAUAUACAAAAUUAUUAAAUGAAAAAAGAUUGGAUUUUGUUAAUUUUUGGUUUUUUGCUUUACUCGUUGAAAUGAAUUAUAAUCCAAAUUGUAAUUCAAAUGAAGCAAAUGAUCGUAUAACUCGUCAAUGGCCUUGGAUUGAGCUUUGGAGAAAUUGUUUUGAUUUUGGAAUAUGUGGGCGUUUUUGGAUGUUGGAAAAUUCUUUUAAUGAUUGUGAUAUUUGUGAGGAGGAAUUUUUAUAG